AUGGCGGCCAUCGAGCUCGAGUUGGUGACGUACGACGACGCCAAGGCGUUUGCGGCGGAUGUGCGCCCCUUUCUGGAGCAGGCGCCGGAACGGUAUUCGGGAUUGCUGUCGCUGCUGGAGGAUCUGGAGACGUAUGAUACCCUGCCCAGCACCUGUUUUCUGGGCCUGGCCACGACGGCGAGCGAGGGUAUCGCCGCCAUUGCCUGCCAACUCUCUCUGUGGCAUGGCGUGCAGGUCGUUGCGAACGAACGCUACGGCGAUGACGAGGUGAUUGACAUCUUCAAGAUCAUUAGCGACACCAUGCGUCAAGAGCGCAUGAACAUUGCCAUGGUCUGGGGCACCGAUCGCGACGCCAACCUGUUUGCCCACGCCAUGCAGGAGAGCUCUUGGGCUACCGGCUACCGCAAGUUUCGCAACGUACAUCUCCAUCAACUGGGUGAAGCCGGUAUCCUGACCCCCGAGCACCUGGUACCCGGGAGCAUGGAGCUCGCCACAAUUGACGACGUACAGGAAUUGGCCCGUGACUACCGCCACCUGGCCGCCGAAGUCUUGGGGGCAGCCAGUACCAGCAUGAAGCCAGAGGAAUUUGAGAACAGCCUCAAACACUGGAUCGGCCGCAACAUGGCCUACAAAUACGUCUAUCAUGGCCACACGGUGGCCUUGGUCACCGCCGCCCGCUGCACCGGCAACCUGUGUCAGAUCAAUUGUGUCUUUACCGUACCCUGCUAUCGCAACCGAGGUUUCGGUGCCAUGCUGCUUUACGAAGCCGUCUCCCACCUCACCAUGGAGCGCGACUUUACCAAUGUUCUUGUUCGCUCCACCGAUGACGUCACGAGCCGCUGCUACCUCCAGCUCGGCUUUGAGGUGGUGGCCCUCCUCGCCGGAUACCUGAUCCAGAUCUAA